GCGCGGCUGAUGAAACCGGCGCCGGAUCCCGCCCGCCUCGGCGCCCCAUUCACUCCGCGCGGGCAGGUGUGAGCUGCGCGUCCAGCCGGCACGCCUGACCUCCGCUCGGGGCCGAUCGUCCGCCAGUCCGUGCGUCCGUCGGUCCACCGCAGUCCUGCUCGCAUCCUGCCGCCCGCCGCCGCCCGCUCGGAGUCUGAAGCCCCCCGCCAGAGCCCUCCGGAGACGUCUUGGCUGCCAGGUCCCAGUAAUUCUCGGGAGAAGGUGAUAAAUCCUCACAUUCUGUUCCAGGUACAGUGUGCCAUCAGCCCCCCCAGCAGACGUGAACAGCACAAUGGGGUGCAAAGUUCUGCUCCGACUUGGUCACCAGAUGCUGCGGCGGAAGGUGGUGGACUGCAGCCGGGAGGAGAGCCGGCUGUCCCGCUGCUUGAACACCUUCGACCUGGUGGCCCUAGGGGUGGGCAGCACACUGGGCGCAGGUGUCUACGUCCUGGCUGGAGCCGUGGCCCGUGAGGACGCCGGCCCUGCCAUCGUCAUCUCCUUCCUGAUCGCUGCGCUGGCCUCCGUGCUGGCUGGCCUGUGCUAUGGAGAGUUUGGGGCUCGCGUCCCCAAGACAGGCUCGGCCUACCUCUACAGCUACGUGACCGUGGGGGAGCUCUGGGCCUUCAUCACGGGCUGGAAUUUGAUCCUCUCCUACAUCAUCGGUACGUCAAGUGUAGCGAGAGCCUGGAGUGCGACCUUUGACGAGCUGAUAGGCAAACCGAUUGGGGAAUUCUCACGGAAGCACAUGGCCCUGAAUGCCCCCGGCGUGCUGGCUGAAAACCCUGACAUAUUUGCUGUGAUUAUAAUCCUCAUCUUAACAGGACUCUUAACUCUUGGGGUGAAGGAGUCAGCCAUGGUCAACAAAAUUUUCACUUGUAUCAAUGUUCUGGUCCUGGGCUUCAUAGUGGUGUCAGGAUUUGUGAAAGGAUCCAUCCAAAACUGGCAACUGACACCGGAGGAUAUCCGGAAUUCAUCCUGCAAUCCCCAUCACAACAAUGACACAAAAGAAGGGAAAGUUGACAUGGGUGGAUUCAUGCCCUUCGGAUUCUCCGGUGUCCUGUCAGGGGCAGCGACCUGCUUCUACGCCUUCGUGGGCUUUGACUGCAUCGCCACCACAGGUGAAGAAGUCAAGAACCCCCAGAAGGCAAUCCCUGUGGGCAUCGUGGCCUCCCUCCUGAUUUGCUUCAUUGCAUACUUCGGGGUGUCCGCCGCCCUCACGCUCAUGAUGCCCUAUUUCUGCCUGGACAUAGACAGCCCCCUGCCUGAUGCCUUCAAGCAUGUGGGCUGGGAGGGCGCCAAGUAUGCAGUGGCUGUGGGCUCGCUCUGCGCACUUUCCACCAGUCUUCUAGGUUCCAUGUUUCCCAUGCCACGAGUUAUCUACGCCAUGGCUGAGGAUGGACUGCUGUUUAAAUUUUUGGCCAAAAUCAAUGAUAGGACCAAAACCCCUAUAAUCGCCACACUGACAUCAGGUGCCAUUGCUGCUGUGAUGGCCUUUCUCUUUGACCUGAAGGACUUGGUGGACCUCAUGUCCAUUGGCACGCUCCUGGCGUACUCUCUGGUGGCAGCCUGUGUUUUAGUCUUACGAUAUCAGCCAGAACAGCCGAACCUGGUGUACCAGAUGGCCAGAACCAGUGAUGAGCUAGAUCAAGUCGACCAGAAUGAACUGGUGAGCACCAGUGAUUCCCAGACAGGCUUUUUACCAGAAGCAGAGAAGUUUUCUUUGAAAGCUAUACUGUCACCCAAAAACAUGGAGCCUUCCAAGUUGUCUGGGCUAGUUGUGAACAUUUCAGCCAGCCUCAUAGCAAUUCUUAUCAUCAUAUUGUGCCUGGUGGCCGUGCUUGGAAGAGAGGCUCUGGGCAAUGGGGAGCUGUGGGCAAUCUUUCUGGUCACGGGAUCUAUCCUCCUCUGUGCACUGGUCACGGGCAUCAUCUGGAGGCAGUCCGAAAGCAAAACCAAGCUCUCGUUCAAGGUCCCCUUCUUGCCGGUGCUUCCUGUCCUGAGCAUUUUUGUGAAUAUCUAUCUCAUGAUGCAGCUGGACCAGGGCACGUGGGUCCGGUUUGCUGUGUGGAUGCUCAUAGGCUUCGUCAUCUACUUCGGCUAUGGGCUGUGGCACAGCGAGGAGGCGUCCCUGGGCACUGACCAGGCAAAGACUCCCGACGGCAAUUUGAACCAGUGCAAGUGACAUGCAGCCUCGCUGGCCAGAGCUGUGGCAGCCCCGAGGGAUGUCUGCAGAGGACUGGGCAGCACCUCACUCUCCAGCAGUAUAAUAGGAACCACCCUCGUCCUCGACACCCCCAGUGCCACCAAAGGUGCAACUAACCGUAUUGCAGCCGCAGCCAGCGCCUGAGGCCCCGGCCUCCUCCAGACAGCUCCCUGGCCAGGGCCACCUGGCUGUGGCUGGCCAUAUAUCUCCUUACUUCCCUCUGAACAAAGGAAACAGCCCCUCUCCUCGCCAGCCGGCUGUGCUGCUGUGGCCCCCAGCAGAGGGGAGGUCACCUGGUCUCCCUCCCUGGGGACUGCUCUGGUAUUGCAAGCAUACAUACUCCAGACCUCUAGUAGCCAUUUCCCCCCUCAGCCCCAAACAGCCGGCCAUAGAUGCAAGAUGAGUACCACAAAACAGUGUGUCCCCAGCAGUGCCACCCCAGAGCCGAGUGACAGCAAUUCACUAGAAGAAUAACAGGGCUGUUAGACUUCCCUUGCUCGUGCCCUCUGAGCAGGUUGGCUCUGACACCGUCACAGACCCAGCCCACCGCGGGGGAGCAGGACCGAGGGCAGGCGGUUCAUCCUAGGCACCGAAGAUGAGAGGCUUCUGGUGCGAACAAAGGCCUUGAGGUCAGGGGAGGGCUGGCUGUCUCGUGCAUGCCCAUAGACCAGGGGACCUUCUCCAGUCCCGUUCCUGGAGGUCAGGAAGAGUUCCUGCUGCUCUGGUGUCUGUCGCUGCUGGCCAUGUGUCCUGAGUAACUAGAACACUGUGUUUGUGUAGGACUGGCCCCAGAAGAGUUUCACACUCUGGGGUCUUUUCCAUUCACUAAGUCUUGCCCUCUGGUGGCUUGCGCACCAGUCUUUUGGAUCUUAUAAGGUUCUCAAAACAGGUGGCAGCUCGGUGUGCGGUUGUGACACUUCUGCCCCCUGACAUGGUCUGUUUGGCUUCUGAUGUAUAAGGAAAUUGAAUCCUCCUGUUAGUUGUGAAUCACUCCACCAGAUUAAGUUGGGGCUUAACAUUAACUUGGAAAAUGGCCAAACAAUGACUGUGAGCCGCUGGCCUGUGGGUCGGGGUGUGUGGUCCACAAGGAGGCAACUUGGAGUCCUGUUGCUCUUGUGUAUCUGUGGUCCAGAUGCUGCGGCUUUCCAUGCCAUUGAGGUCCAGCGGAGACCUCAGUGUCCUUCUGUGACUCCUGUCUAUACCCUGCACUCUGUCCCCUCCUUCUGUAGCUGGGGUGGGACCCAGGACCAACACCGUUUCACACACUCCUUGUAGAUGGAAGCCCAGGGAAGGGGAAUGCUGAUGGAGCCUCACGUCCAUUUAAAGUACCACCGGAGCCCACAGGGAGGGUGAGAGCGAGCCGCAUUUUAGACACCACAGAGAAGUAGCUGCUGCUUUUAAAGCUUAGAUUCCUGUUUCUUUCCUGCCUGGCCAUUGAUGCAAAUCGGGUGGGAAGAAACUUGAUUGACUGAUGGCUCUUGUCUUUUCCCCUUUGUUCCAGGAGGUUCUUAGAGAGACGUAAGCGUUAGUGAAACUAGCCUGGGGCUGUGGCUCAGUGGCGGAGCUCUUGCCUAGCAUGUGCGAGGCCCUGGGUUUGAUCCCCAGCACCACAAAAUAAAAAUAAAGCAGCUAAAAGACCAGGUCAGCCAAUGGAGGGUGGCCCAUGGCCAAGAGCUAGGUAAUUAUGCCCAGUUCUGAUCACUUGCUGGAAGCUUUAUUCCAAGUUGCAUCUGUGAAUGUCCCAGAGGGAGUAUCCUAAGACCCCAAGGGUUGGGUUUCCAAAGAAAGGUAUUUAAAUUUAUGUAGAUUGGUGCUGUAAAAUAUUUUCAUAAACAUUAACUUAUUUUGUUGGGGGUUUUAGUUGUCUGUUGUCUUCUUAUGACCUAUUAGGUUUGUUUGCCUGAUUUUUUUUUUCCUGUUAUUUUUUCUGUAUAGGCAAAGAGAACUUGGAGGAAGGAGGGUGAGCAAUGAGGUGGGAGGGAGAGAGCAUUCUGUUUCUUUAACUUCCUUUCUGGCUGAAAUCUUUGUGCAAGCAGCGCUUGAUGGUCUGUUUACAAGUUGAUGUGUCGGCCUGUAUCGUCAUCAAUCUGCACGGUGGGAAGGGGUGUUUGGGGGUUUGACCACAGUCAGACAGUCUCCCAUCACGGGAACAUGCUGACAGCCACAGAUCUGCCCUCCGUUCCUCAGUCAAAUGCUUACUGUGCAACACAGAAGCUCACAGGGGUCGGGGGUGGGGGAUAUGGUGCCCCUGUACCCUCCCUUGUUAGAGGAAAAACUUCUUCAGAAAGCACACAUAAGGUGACUUGCAUGAAGAGUUCAUUGCUUUUAUUAAAGAUUGUGUGCAUUUGUCAGGGGGCUUUUCUGUGUAAUAGGGGCAGUGAUACAUGGAAUGGUAUUUGGGGUGGAGCCUCUCAAUUUUAAUAAGCCUUUUCUUACCACAUCCCUCAUUCCUUCCCCGGAAAUAAAAACACACAGGCAAAAAAAAAAAAGAAAAGAAAAGAAAAAAAGAAAGAAUAGUUUCACAUCUCUUAACCCCUUGUGCAAAUAAGAAUAUCAUUCUCAGUUUCAGGACUUGGGUGGUAUUUUCCUACGUAGUCAGGAUGUGCAAACCUUCUGAAGAUGCACACAUCCUGUGGAAUGCCCUGUCUUCUCUUGUUGUGCACCGGGCCCAGAUACUCAGAUUAGAAAGACUCAUUUUCAAUGAGUAAGCACCCUUUCUCUCGCCAGGCUCAAAUUUCUCUUUGCCAGGCUCAGAUUUAGGAAGAAGCCAAUAGUAGGAACCCCCAGGAGCUCUGCUGAAGAAUAGGGGUGAUGAAUGUCUCCUGAGCAGCAGCGGGGGACCCCAGUGACGGGCUGGGACGAGAGCUGCCUUCUGGGUGGCACUCCCAUCAUCCCCGUCCACGCCUCAGGUGGACUUUUGUGCAUUGGACACAUGGUUUCAAUCCAAGAGGGAAAACUGUAUACUCCUCUUUCCUGGGCCAUCUCAGAAAACUGUUAAAUUCAUACUGUUUUCAGAAUUGUUCAAAUCUUCCCCCAUUUGGCAAACAAACAAACAAACAAAAAACUCCAUUGAAUCCCUUAUCUCUGUCUGGCAAUCAGCCACCUAGUUCCAAGUGCUGAGGCAGUGUUUAGCCCCACAUGUCACUCCCCUGCCUGUGGCCGGAAGUGACUGCAGGACGAGGGGUCUCUGGGAUUCCACACCCAUCCUUCCUGACCAAGGCCUUGGAGCGCCCCCUCCUGCACCUUUGGUGUGGCCGCGUGCACAUCUGGAGGAGACCCAGGGCCGCCCUGCACUUUGGGGUGCUUCAUGCAGGAUGCUGGGAGACUUGUGAGGGGCCUGCUCCCCGCUCCCCGCUGACACCGAGCAGGCAUUCUGAAUUAGCUGUAGGCUCUUCCCAGCACGGUGAGCCUUGGACAGCUGUGAGUACUGGACAGGAGGCUGGGUUCCAUGUGUGGACAUGCCCUGCACAGACCCCACCCAGCCUUUCUUACGCGUUGCUGGACAUACUGGGCUCACUGCAGGAGCGUUCCUGGCUCCCCGCUGGGACCCUCCUUUUUUAUUUGAAUGUGCCCUGUUCACUGACACUUUUUUCUCGCUAAUAGGAGCUGACGGUUAAGUUCCGUUGGCACCCAAGUGCCAGGGCGCCUGUCCUCGGUGUUGAUGGACGGGUGGAGGAGUGUGUCCAGGUCCACCCUCUAGUGGGUUCCUGUGCUCCCAGGACGGGAAUUACUUGGGCAGAGGAUGUGUGAUGCAUGUGCAAAACUUACGGAGUUCAAGUUCAGACGGAACUGAGUAUAUGUUGUGUAUAAUUGUGUAAAAUUCAAACCCUGUCUGUUUGCCAUGGUCAUGAGUAUUCUAUGUGAGGCUCCCAGGGGAGAAGUACAUUUGUCAGACUUUUGAGGGAUCAUGAAAUGCUUCAUUGAUGCGGUGGUGCCAGAUGCUACACUCCAAGUGACAUUGUGGUUAUGGUGCCUAAUGGAUUCUCAAGGCAAAAAUAAGUCACCCGGCUUUCAUCUUUGUCCCUCUUAAUCCAGAGCCUUUUGGUGCCCAUUGCUUCAUUGAACCACAGGCUCUCUUCCCAGAGGGACCUGGUGAGACCAAGGCGCUCUAGGCACAGUUCCCAAGGAGCCCUCCAGGAUCGUCCUGUUAACAGUUGAACUGCCAGCCGGCCAGAAACCCACGUGAGACAGAGACCUUGUCCAAGAGGAUGUUCUCAGGGGAUAAUGUGUCCAGCAGGGUCAGGAAGCAGGGGUGGGGAGAUGCAUUCAGACUUUGUUAAUUGAUUAACAAGGUAUAUGGUUUCAUGUUUCUCGAUGACAAACUUUUUCAGUUUGGGGACUUAUUUUCCCAUUUGAGAAGUUAUAAUAUAUAUUUAAGAUAUGUUUCCUGCUUCCGUUGUGCCUUUCAGCUUCAGUGGGUUUAAGGAUCACAAAAGGGUCAUGAUACUAAUGAGGGUUGGUUUAUUAUCAAACCUGAAUAGCUGUGGUUUCUCCAGGAAGUUUUUUUCUUCUACUGAAUAUGGAGCCAUUACAAAAGAGUUGUGUGUUUUUUAUUAUGUAAAUUGUAUGAUAUUUUUUUGCUCGUUUGAUGUUCUAUUUUUCUAAUAGUUUUCUUAUAGUUUCUUAUAAUGGUGAUACUAGAUUUAGAUUCUGAUGCGAACUGCAAAUCAGGUUGGUCUCUGCUGGGCCCCUCCUGUUUUCUUAUUAUAUUUUAUUUUAUUUUAAGGACAAGCGCAGGUGUCAUCCAUCACCUUUAAAAAAAAUGUGAAACUGCUCUGUUUCUCUUUUUGCUGACUACACUGUACAUUGACAACUUCCUACCAUACUUUAUGUUGUAAAAUCAAACUAUUCUGUGGUACAUUAUCUCAUGCUUCUGCAAAAUCUAAUAAAUUCUGUCUGUGGCUUCCGUGUA